CGGCAGAGGAGUUCGAAGCAUCAGUACCAUAUAAAAAGCGGACUGAAAUUUCAGUUCGAUAUCAGUAAGCCUUCUCAAGUCUUUCAACAAACACCAUGAAGUUCUUCAUUGCUUUCGCUUGCCUUUUGGCCCUCGCUGUUGCCAACGAAGAUGCCGGAGUUCUCCGCAACGAAGCUGAAGUGAACGUGGACAACUUCAAGUAUGCCCUGAAGCUCGACAACUCUGUGGACGUCGAACAGGCUGGUAACCUGAAGGGUGAAGAGUGGGUUGUUAAUGGUCAGCAGGCGUGGACCUCUCCCGAGGGCGAGCAGGUGUCCAUCCAGUAUGUCGCCGAUGCCAACGGUUACCAGGUGCUGUCCGCCAACCCCCCUCUGCCCACCCCUCCCCCAAUCCCAGAGGCCAUCCAGCGCGCUAUUGAGUGGAUCGCCGCCCAUCCCUCCAAGGAUGCUUAAGUUUUUAUAAAUAUAUGCGUUGAAAAGUGUUAA